CCCUGCAAGACUUAUCUUUGCUCUGCUGCUGCGAACCAACCUGAUCAGCCUUGACUCUGCAUCGCUCUUGAGCUGGUUUGAUAUAUUUUUAAUAUGCUGUAUGUUUACUUUUUAAUAUGCUCCACUUGAUAAAUAAGAACAUUUGUUAUUGGCUGCCUUGUUCCAAUUUCAGAAAUCAAGCCCGGUGGUAAACAACUCGCUGGUUUACAACCAGCAUGAACUGUUGGGUUCCAAAUGUACAGAAUGUCUGGGCAGCAGGCAGUGGUUUUGCUCUCCUGCGAUUCCAUAGUCCACGAGAUUAACAGAUAUUUCUCAGGUGCUUUAUUAUGAAGCAGCUCUUUUAGGUGUUGCCAUCUCCUUGACUCCUGUACUUGGGGGAGUUCACAGAUCAGGUUUAUGGUCUUCAAUUAUUCAUAGCCCUGAGUGCAGAAUGGACCAUUCAGUGCAACGGGGAAACUGAUCUGAGGAAGGCCGCUGUUCCGAGACACUGCAAGGAGAGGCAAUUAGAGCACCCCCUCCCUUACCAGCACCAUCACCACCACCACCACCACCACCUGUGUGUCUGCCUAUUCUUAGCAUGGCGCUCUCUGGAGAUUUGCUCUACACUUCAACACUCAGCAUUUAUGGGAGCAUAAUAGAGACCUUCAAUCCCAGCCUGCAAAAACUGGUGUCAUUGGGCAAUAACUACGUCCAAGCUUUUCAGGCUUUGGUUGCAGCCAGUAAUGCAUAUUACGGAGUCCUAGGAAAGGUUGGACAGCAAGCCCUGCAGUCUGUGUCUUCAGGGACAUUGGGUGACAUUCUGAUUCAGAUUUCCGAGAGUCAGAGGCGCCUGACAUCCGACCUUGAUGGAGUUUUUCGUUGGUUUCAUGGUGAAGUGCUGCAGGAGAUGGACAGGAAUGUCAAGCUGGACCGAGAUUACAUUGCUGGGAGUAAAAGACGCUAUGAAAUGGAGGUCAGAAAUCGUGCCUCUGCAUUGGAGAAGCAAAACUCUCAGCUGUGGGGAGAAAAACGACGAGGGAGAAGUCAGCAUGAAGUGCAGGAUCUCAUUGAGACUUUAGAGAGGGAAGCUCAGGUGUUUCUGAGGGAGAGCUUAAGAGAAGCUGAAAAGGAAGAACUUCGACGGUACCGAUUUCUAGCAGAGAAGCACUGCGGCCUGAUUCAGUCACUGCUUUAUCUCGUUAACAAGAAUGGGGCUUCCCUACAACAGCAGGCCGAGGUCUGGAGAGAGAGAGUCAAUGAGACACGGUCUGGGUCUCACCUCCGAACCGCUGGCCGCAUCCCGAGACCCAGAACACCUUCUGGACUACAGACACCAACAUCCAUCAGUUCACACACAUCUGGAAACUCUGUGAGCAGCUUCUAUCCAAUCUCCCAUAUGAGCGAGAGAGAAAGAGACAUGGAGCGAGAACGACAAACAAGGGAGAGCCAUGAUCACAAUCAAAGACCGCCCUCUAGAGGGUCCUCACAUUCUGGAAUACGGUCACGCUCUGGAUCCCUGGGAAACAGUCUGGAACUGAGAGAAGGUGAACAGGUCCAGGCAUUGGUGUCUCAUGAUGCUGGCACCAAUGUUACCCUGCUGAGCUUCUCUUCUGGGGAUGUCCUUACUGUGUUGGUGCCAGAAGCUCAAAAUGGUUGGCUUUACGGCCAAUUGGACGGCACUUCUAGCCAAGGCUGGUUCCCGGCAGCAUAUGUCCAGGCUCUGAGACUGUCACCAAGGGACUCAGUAGGCAGCAGAACUCCCACCAUGAGAAGCAGUCAUAGUACAGGUGACCUCCUCAGCCAAGUUGCAUCCUUGCUGGCUUCAGGGAGUAACAGCAAUGGGAUUUCCCCGCCUGCUCCUCCACCACUUCCACGUCCUGUCACUCCUACCCCAACCAGGAAAACAGAAGAUGGACAAGAGGUCAAGGUAUCUCAAAGACAGGACCGCCGACCACAGUUAUUUCCACGGGGCACCAAUCCAUUUGCAACCGUGAAGCUACGGCCUACAGUCACAAAUGACCGAUCUGCACCUCGAAUUAAAUGAAGCUCAGACAUCUU